CAUACGCCUCACUAGAACACCGAGCUCCGCCAUCAUGGCGGACUCACCACCGUGUUAGAGGCGUUUUUUUUUUUCAGCAGGCACCGAACCGGAGCCUUGUGUGACCGCAGUCAGGAACAUGUCACCUUCCGUUUAGUAACGUUGUAUGACAUGAGGUAGCCUUCCGUGCUGUGAACGGAUACUGUUAGGGGCGGAGCAGGAAGUCAAAGAGUCCGGAGAGGAGAAAGUGGGGCCGGAGCAAACAUGCCGAUUGUGGAGAAACUAAAAGACGCCCUGAAGCCGAGUCGGAAGUACUCUGAUGAUGUAGAACUUGGGAAGCUGCUGACUUCCUCUGCUAAAAAGAUACUCUUGCAAAAAAUAGAGUUCGAGCCUGCAAGUAAAAGUUUCUAUUACCAGCUGGAGACAUUGAAGAGCAAAUAUAUCCUGCUGAGUCCGUCUCUUCAACCUACCGUGUCACAGAGGAGCCUGGAAGGGCGCCAGAAGCAGGGCAACGACCUUGCGUCGAGCAGCUCGGAUGGAAUUCCACAUCCACAGAAGGUUCUCUUUCCAACUGAGAAGUUAUCCUUGAAGUGGGAGCGAGUCUCCAGGGUGGGAGCUGGACUUCAAAAUCUGGGAAACACUUGUUUUCUAAAUUCUACAGUGCAGUGUCUAACGUACACCCCUCCGCUAGCUAAUUACCUACUGUCUAAGGAGCAUAGCCGCAACUGUCAGCAGGGUGGAUUCUGUAUGCUGUGCAUUAUGCAGAACCAUCUGAUUCAAGCCUUUGCCAACAGCGGAAAUUCUAUCAAGCCGGUCUCUUUUAUUCGUGAACUGAAGAAAAUCGCCCGUCACUUCCGAUUUGGGAGCCAAGAAGACGCACAUGAGUUCCUGCGGUACACGAUUGACGCCAUGCAAAAAGCUUGUUUAAAUGGAUACGCCAAGUUGGAUCGCCAAAGUCAGGCAACAACUUUGGUUCAUCAAAUAUUUGGGGGCUACCUGCGCUCUCGGGUAAAAUGUUCAGUGUGUAAGAGCGUCUCGGACACGUUUGACCCGUAUCUGGACAUUGCACUAGAGAUACGGCACUCGGCAAACAUAAUUCGCGCACUGGAGCAGUUUGUAAGAUCAGAUGUUUUAAGUGGAGAAAACGCCUACAUGUGUGCAAAAUGUAAGAAAAAAGUUCCUGCCACCAAACGAUUCAGUGUUCAUCGAACCUCAAAUGUUCUCACUCUGUCCCUGAAAAGAUUUGCCAACUUCAGUGGCGGCAAAAUAACAAAGGAUGUCGGAUACCCGGAAUUUUUAAAUAUCCGUCCAUACAUGUCCCAGACUAAUGGAGACCCUGUCAUGUACGCACUCUAUGCUGUUCUUGUGCAUUCUGGUUACAGUUGCCAUGCUGGACACUACUAUUGUUAUGUAAAGGCUAGUAAUGGACAGUGGUAUCAGAUGAACGACUCGCUUGUUCACGCCAGUAACAUCAAGGUUGUGUUGAAUCAGCAGGCUUAUGUUCUCUUUUACUUGAGGGUUCCAGAGUCCAAGAAGAGUUUUGAUGCUUCUGUCUGUAAAGUGUCACAAACGCAAAUGCCUCGCCCCAGCUCUGUCCCUCCUACAUUAAAGAAGACCCAGUCCAAUGGCAGUCUGUACUCCCCUCUUAUUGGGAAGAAACCCGAGGGGUUACAUGAGAAGAAGCCACAAAAAGGGGAAGAUAUUGGGAUCCCAGUCAGUCAGACACACAUUUUACCAUGCAGCAAGGACCAUAAUGGAGUUCACCGUACGCGGCCUCUUAGCGCAGGCCCUUCUCCUAAGCUCGGCUGUAAAACAUCAUAUGCCCCUUGUCUUUUGGACGAUCCGUUGAGUAGAAUGAAAAAACCCCUUCAUGCCAAGUUAAAGGCUUCUCAUGCCGCAUGCCCCCCUAAUGAAGCGGUGAUGCAAGAUGAUUCUAAGACAAACUGGGAUAAUGAGGCUCUGUCAUCUUCCGUCGCCAAAGCCAGGAAUGUUGAAACCCCGGAAAGUAGUGAUAAGAUAAAGCAAGAAGACAUGGAAAACGGAAAGCAACAGGAAUCUCGCAUGAAUGGUCAAUCUUCAACGCAGAGCUCCCCGACAUCUGGCAAUAUGACCUCUCCAUGCUGCUCUCCAACAAUGGAAGCCGAACAGCCUGGGACAAGCAGUAGUAUGAAAUCAAAGUCGCCCACGCUGGCUAGUGUAUGCGAGGCUUUAACUACAAUGUCGCCACCACCGGCCAAAAAACUAGCCCUCUCAGCUAAAAAGGGCAGCAUGCCGCAGAAGGGAAGCAGAAAUGACGCCCGCUCCCUUCCUCCCCACUCCAUCACUGCUGGCUCCACUCAUCCCAUCUCUGUUUCCCCUGGUCCCACCACAAUCAAGCUGCUACAUACGCAUCGGAAAUCACUUCAAGCUGCAGACAGUGUUCCUGGGACUUGUAGCAAUACUUCCAAGCAGAAAUCUAUCAAAUUACAUGUUAAACAUACAAAGCACAGUGUCGAAUCAUCCCAACACGGCCCUCCACUCAGCCACCCUGUCAGCCUUUCUACAGAUAGUACAUCCUCGCUGACCAUAUCCUUCCAAAGCACUGAAACCCUGGGUACAAGGUCCUCAAAUGCAAAAGACAAAUACCAGUUGGGAGCUCAUUACAUAAGCUGCAAUGGGGACAGUGGAAUCGGCGAGGAAAGUAAUAUCGUAAAGAAGAAAAAGAAGAAGAAAAGGAAAUCUUUGGAAAAGGAAGGCAGGACAGAAAGUGUUCUGUCUCACUUGGAGACACGGACAUUGAACAGUCAUGAAAUAAAGGAGGGUAAAAUAAAGCAUAAGAAAUGUAGAGCUCCAGAGGGCAGCAAAAGUAUAGAACCUGCAUCGGAAACUUCACGAGAGAUAACCGUCAAAAAAAAGAAGAGGGAGAGUGCGCCAUGUGCCGAGCAUGUGGAGGAUGAGCCCAUCAUACAGUUAAAUGGUACCACUGACCAUCCAGUUGUUGACAAGGAAGUGGACCAUGUGGCUAGAAAAGCAAAGAAAAGGAAGCUUCAAGAAGAGAGUGUUAAGAUGGAAGCUGAAUCUAGUAAACAGAAGCAGAUGGUUCGGGAAGAAAAUUCUGAUUCCGUGUUUGUAUGGGACACCCACAUCAAAGGCGGAUACAAACGAAAUAAUUCACUUAACGGUGCUGAAAAGAAAUUUCGCCCCGCUUGGGAUGGUACAAAGAAUUCGACUGUUGUCCAAGAACUGCUGAAAAAUUCCAGUAAUAAAGCAUACGGGACAGCAGUGCAUACUUGGAAUGGCGAAGAGUCUGCUGUGGGCCAAGAUGCUGAGAACCAUGCCGAUGACUCAAAAUAUAGCUCGGUUAUCGAUGAUUGGGAUGAGGAAUUUGACAUGGGAAAGGUAAAAAAGAUCAAAUUUCGACGGGACAGAUGGAGAAUCAAAAAUGGAUUCCAGUCUCUGCAGAAUCGACGCAACUUCUGGUCAGUCACUCACUCCCGACCAUUCUCCAGGAUGGCAUACAAGUACUGACGACAGUAUGGAAGAUCACUUGUGCUACGAGUCCCCAUAUUAUCUUCCACUACCAUAUCAGUAACACCAAAUGGAGAAAUAAAAAAACAAUGAUAUUCUGA